UUUCGCCGCUUGGACGCUGGAGGGCGCCAGAGAUGCGGAGUUCGGAGACGCAGGACAGGACCCCACCCUGUCAGGGGCGUGGACAAGGGUGUACCAAGUCUGGCGCUAGAUAUCCGACGGGGCACCGGGGGCCUCCAGGCAGCACUAGAGAAAGGAAGGCAGUGCCCGCACCUUGGGCAAAGGUCAUUGGGCAGCCGGUGGACACGCAUGGGAUGCCUCAGGCCGAAGGAGCAGCCCUAACGGUGCGUUAGUCCUCCGGGCCUUGGCAGUGUCCCGAUGGAGUGCCCACACAUGCGUGGGACCGGCCGCACGCUCUGGCCUGACCCAGCCUUUGACUCACCCUACUCGUGGCCACAUAGCUGAAAUACUACUCCACCACAACUCCACUUUACCUCCGCCUCUGGCGAUUGUCAGGAAGUCCCUCCCAUAGUCACGCCUAGGCUUACAGCAGAUUGCUAGAGAGGGCCCCAGAACUGGGACAGCCCUGAGAGAUCCUCAUACUGGGGACCGAGGGCCAUCUCUCCCAGGUCCCUGCUUCUCCUAGAGAGGGGAGAGAACCACUCCUCCCUGACCAGAGUGGGCAGACGGGACAGGGUCCUGGCCCUACCUCUGCUAUUGGGCACAAGGGCGUGUCCGGGCCAUGGCUCCCAAGCGCAAGUCCGCUGUGCAGGCUGAGGGCCCUGAGAUGAAGAAGGGACGGCAGGGGGCAGAGGAGGACAGCUUCCGCUCCACUGCUGAGGCCCUCAGGGCCGCACCCACAGAAAAGCGUGCAGUCCGGGUGGACCCCGAGUGUCCCCUCAGCCGCAGUCCCGGGACCCAGGCCCAGGUACACGGAGACUAUGACUGCACCCUGAACCAGACCAACAUCGGGAGCAACAACAACAAGUUCUACAUCAUCCAGCUGCUGGAGGACGGUGACCGCUUCUUCUGCUGGAACCGCUGGGGCCGCGUGGGCGAGGUGGGCCAGUCAAAGCUCAGCCCUUUCGACUCACUGGACAAUGCAAAGAAGGACUUUGAGAAGAAGUUUCGGGACAAGACCAAGAACAGCUGGGCAGAGCGGGACCGCUUUGUGGCGCAUCCCGGCAAGUACACGCUGAUCGAAGUGCAGGGCGAGGACGAGGCCCAGGAGGCUGUGGUGAAGGUUGACGGAGGCCCGGUGAGGACCGUGGCUCAGCGGGUGCGGCCCUGCUCCUUGGACGCAGCCACACAGAAGCUCAUUACCAACAUCUUCAGCAAGGACAUGUUCACAGACGCUAUGACCCUCAUGAACCUGGAUGUGAAAAAGAUGCCCCUGGGAAAGUUGAGCAAGCAGCAGAUCGCACGGGGCUUCGAGGCCUUGGAGGCCGUGGAGGCGGCCCUGAGAGCCCCCACCGCUGGGGACCCCAGCCUGGAGGAGCUGUCCUCCCGCUUCUACACUGUCAUUCCCCACAACUUCGGCCGCAGCCGGCCCCCGCCCAUCAACUCCCUGGAGCUUCUGCAGGCCAAGAAGGACAUGCUGCUGGUGCUGGCCGACAUCGAGCUGGCCCGGAGCCUGCAGACAGUGCCCGAGGAGGAGGAGAGGGUGCAGGAGGUGCCACACCCAGUGGACCGGGAUUACCAGCUCCUCAGGUGCCAGCUCGAGCUUCUGGACCCAGAGGAGCCUGAGUACAAGGUGAUCCACACCUACUUAACACAGACGGGCACCAGCUACAGGUGCCCUGCUCUUCAGCACGUCUGGAAGGUGAACCGAGAAGGGGAGGAAGAUCGGUUCCAGGCCCACUGCAAGUUGGGUAACCGGAGGCUGCUGUGGCACGGCACCAACGUGGCGGUGGUGGCCGCCAUCCUCACCAGCGGGCUCCGGAUCAUGCCGCAUUCUGGUGGCCGCGUGGGCAAGGGCAUCUACUUUGCCUCGGAGAACAGCAAGUCCGCAGGCUACGUUACGGGCAUGUCCUGUGGGGACCACCGCAUCGGCUACAUGUUCCUGGGGGAGGUGGCUCUCGGCAGGGAGCACCAUGUCACCACGGACCAGCCCAGCUUGAAGAAGCCACCCCCCGGCUUUGACAGUGUCAUUGCCCGAGGCCACACAGAGCCUGAUCCAUCCCAGGACACGGAGCUGGAGCUGGAUGGCCAGCGAGUGGCGGUGCCCCAGGGCCAGCCCACGCCCUGUCCCGAGUUCACCUGUUCCUCGUUCUCCCAGAGCGAGUACCUCAUCUACCAGGAGAGCCAGUGCCGCCUGCGCUACCUGCUGGAGCUGCGCCUCUGAGCUGCGCACCCUCCCCGUGCCCUGGCCCAGCUGGGGAGAGACUGUUAGCCUCCACCUUCCUGCCCACGGCUAGCACCCCCAAGUCACCGCUGCUUGCCCCCCAUCUCCCUGCUGUGUUCGGGACAGGGAUCCCCUCUCCCUCCCCAGCCCUAGUGGGCUGCAGUCCCAGAGUCUGGCCCCUGAAGCUGAUGGGUGGGAUGGACUGGCAGCAUCACUGGGCCGUGGGUGCACCUGUUCCCGCUGUGUAGUUAGAGGGGUGCAGGGUGAGAGUGGGCCGACCCCAUACGCACCCGGGCCGUCAUCCCGGCCCAGGCUGUGUGGUCGCCGACGCAGGCUGAACUUCAGGCUCGCACGGGCAAGUGCAUUAAACACUGUCUUUGCUCCUCCCAGACUCGGCUUCUCAGUGCUGCAGCCGCACAAGCCUGGACCCCCUUCAACCCACAGUGACCCACCAGAGCACACGGCAGCUCCAGCCCCACACUGGCCCCACCCACCCUGGUCCAACCACGUCCACCACUGCCACACCCACCUGCUCUGCUCACUGACCUUCAAAGGCAACCUCCACCAUCAGCUCAGAACCAUUGGUCCCUGGGGGCCCCACUGGGCGAUCCUGUCCGGUAGCCCAGACGGGCCCAGCAGACCAAGCCCCGCCCAUGACUUCCAAUCAGAGUGUCUCACACCUGCACAUCCCCAGGGGCUGGCUCUGCCCUCGGGAAAGGAUGCCCGGGAGCGCCCCGGGUGGCCCUACCAGACUCCAGGAUGUGGGGCUGGAGCAGCGCGGGUCCCAGCCGGGGGUCACCCAGGGCAUCUCCUCGUCUCGUCUCUUUACUCUCCUUCAGUCUGAAACCUGUCUCAGCCUUUUUAUUUCUCCCUCCAUGACUGGACGUCCUCUGCAGCCCCGAAGGGUGCAGGCCCCUUGUCUCACAGGGUCUCUCAGUCUCGGUGUCUCUCACGUCUGGUCAGGAUCAGAUUCGGCUGCUGACGUCUGGGGGGACCCGACAUGUGUGACGUCUCCUCGGGGCAUUCUGGCAGGAGGGACGCGUCCCUCUGUUGGUGACCUGAACUAACUCUGAUCCCCUAAGUCAGCUGCUGCACCAGGUCUCUCCCCUGGAAGUGACCAGCUGCCCUACUUGUAACCAGCGAUGUGUCCGUAUUUACUCUGAGCCUCAGACUGUCCCAGACGUGGCCUGCAGAAGGACCUUCAAGCUGACUCCUCUGUCUGCAUUACUUCUGAGCACUUCCUGUUUCCCAGCAUCAAAGGUGCUCCAGGCUCCUCUCGCACAAUCCUGACCAGCCGUUUCUCCCAGGAGCCCAGCUUCCCUAGAGCAGGAAGUGGUAUUUGAAAUCCGGUUUCCAGACAGAAGCGAUGCUCUUGGUCCUGGGUGUCACUGCUUUUAAGCCUUUGUAGCAAAAAGCCAGGAAGGGCGGACAUGCACAAAAACACACAGCUGUCUCUACGUCCGUUUCUCCAGCUCCCACCCGACAGCUCCGGCUGUCUCACUCUCCCCCAGAGCCACGUUCACACUCUGACAGGGGGAACCUUGGCGUGCAGCAGCGCCGGCCUGCCUACCUGUUUGCCCUGUUCUGCACCGACAGGAGAUUCGGAAUUGCUACAGUCGUGCCACGGCGAGAACUGCGCAUUCUCAGCAGGCCUCGUGCUUUCUUGAAGCUUCUGCAAGAUGCUCUGUUUGCCUUUACACUGGGGUCGACGAGGCGGAGACAGUGCAGUGCACGGGUUACUCGGACUAGCCAUUCACUUCCCUUCGCAGUGGCCGUUGUUCAUUUGAGAUACGAGUAGGUCCGUUCUUUUUUCUUCCCCCCCAAAUUAUUUUGUUGUUCAAGUACAAUUGUCUGCAUCAUUCAUUUCUGCUUAGAGUCACCUUUCGGGGCUUUUCCUCAUCUUCACUGAUGUAUUUUUUUUCAAUACAUAGAAUAUUAAAAUAGUUCCCAGAAGUCCAACCUAUAGGAAAAGCUGUGCUCAGAGGGGUGUGCAGCCCGGGGCCCUCCCCUGCCAUGGGAAACCGGCAUCCCUAGUUUCUCCUUCAUCCUUCCUUCAUUUCUUUCUCUCUUUUUAAAGAUUGUAUUAUUAGUUUAUCUUGACAGAGAGGGGAAGGAAGGGAGAAGGAGAGGGAGAUAAACACCUCACCUCCUGGCUGCUUCUCAGGACCCCCCAACUCGCACGCCCCCAACUUGGGACCUGGCCUGCUGCCCAGGCACAUGCCCUGACCGGGAAUCGAACCCGCGACCUUUCGGUUUGCAGGUCCGUACUCAGUCCACUGAGUCACACCAG